AUGGAAGAAAUCAAAGUUCAAUCCUUUACGAAUAAAGGAAGGACUGAUCUACUUAGAAACAGUCACCAAAAUAUUCGGAGUGAUAGGCAUUUUGCUGCUAGACAAAUGAAUGGGAAAACUACUACUGUUCAUAAAAAGAAAGCAUGAAGGUCUAAAAGAAAGAAGGCAAAAACAAUGACUCUCAGACAGAGCUUUGAAGGCAUCCCUGAAGAGGACGAGAGUCUAGAAAAUGACCAAGAACAGAAUUGUGCCCAUUUCAAAAAGACCAAAAGAAAAGGAAAAUGUAGCAGAAGAUGCAACGCUCUCUCCCAACUCUUAGGAAGAUGGCUCACAUGUAGAUGGACUGGCUCUAGUCAGAAGGUUCGUGUCCGGAAAUAUGAGCCCAGAAAUCUCAAUAAUGGGAAUUAAUCAAUUAGAUGGAUCUGCUGAAGUCAAUCCACAAAAUGGAGAUGAUAAAACACAUAUUAACCAAUCCUCCCUUGCUCUAAUUGAAAGAAGUCACUACGAUGACCUUGAGAAAAAUGAAAAUGGGAUGUUUGAACUCCCUGAAAUCCAAGGGGCGCAAGGGAAAACCAUGGAUAAAGAUAAUUUAUCAUUGCAUCUCAAGCUCAAAAGUGAUUUAAAUAAAAACUCCCCCACUCAAGUGAAGAUAGGAAAUAUUCAACGUAAAUAAAAGUAAAAGUUCAGUUCCGAAAGUUAAUGAUCCAAUGAGUGACUUUGAAAAACUCAGGAAUGAAAUUACGAAUGGUCCCUCCAAUCUCCCUGCAGCUUCAUUUUUCGAAAGUGACGAUACAAAGAUAGCGAAAGGAGGUCAUUCCAAACAAUUUGAUCACAAAAGUACAGAUGAAUGGUCAUCAAUGGAAGAAGGGGAAGAGUUCACAGAAGUACCGAAAAUUCCAGACUCGAGAGAUUCAACCAUCGGAGUUGGUAUCAAAAGUUUAUUCUGGAGACAACUCUCUCCUGAUGAGCCACUGCAACUUUUCAGUCAAUCUUUCAGAGAUAUCAUUGGUAGGACAGUUACAACAGGGGUCCUGAUGACUAACCACAUCCCUAUCAUUGCUGAAAAUCAAUGUGAAAUAUUGUAUGAGGAUAAGAGGUUUAAAGCAAAGCCUAGAUUUAACUUCAAAAAAGUGAGACUCUACAUCGGACUGAGUAAACAACAUCGGGUUAAAAAGAAUGCAGUUAGUAAUAUAAAAUUUGAUGAGGAUUGCAUCUCUGCAAAGGCUGGCGUCUACAAAAUGGCCCAAAAGAAAGGAACCAAGAUCUGGAGUCCUAAUGAAGAUCAAAUUUUGUUAGAGAAUCUUGAUAAAUCAAACUACACAGCUAUUGCUUUCAAGAUUAAUGAAUAUAAUAAGAUCGAUACUAGUAAAUUAACCAGCCUUAAGGACACCGGCCCACUUGGAGCAAAAUCCUCUGAAGACUGCAGGCGAAGAGCAGAUCUACUAAAAAAAACUAGAAAAAUUGGUCAGUUCACAAAAGAAGAAGAUGACAAAAUUCUUUUGGGUUACCAAACAUUUCAUAACAAAUGGAGCUUGAUUGCCAAGAGGUACUUGCCUGGGCGGAACGGAAAGCAAGUGCGAGAGAGGUACUUAAACUAUCUGAGCAAAGUUUCAAUGAAGAAGGCAGUAAGCCAAAAUGUCCAAAAACCGCCAUUCACAAAUCACCAAGAUGCCUUACUGAUGCAGAAAGUAAAAUCAGAGAGCCAGAGGUGGGCAGAUAUCUUGAAAGAUGAUUUUGAAGAUAGAACUAAAAUAGAGCUAAAGCAAAGGCACAAAGAACUUGAAAGUGUAAACAAUCAAUACAUUGGAGUAGAAGAGAAUGAAGAACUUGAGAAAAUAAUCGAUGAGGUCAAUUUCAUGGCUCGACAAGAGGAAAUGGAGCGUAACAACAGUGAUGAGCAGAUGAUGUUCUCUAUGAAAGCAUAGAGAACAACUCCUUUUGUAAUUUCUAAAGCUUAUAUACCUGAUAUUUCAGAAUAUUUUCAAUU